AUGACAAAUGGAAGUGAUCUUAUUUCAAAAAUGCAUGCAAUGAUGGAAAAGCAUAAAGAAUCAUUUUUUGUUGUUCGUUUACGUAAUCCAAUGUCAAAUCCUGCAACAUUAACCAAUACAGAUCCAUUAAUACAAUGUGAUUUAAUGGAAUCUCGUGAUGCAUUUUUAAAUUUUGCUCGUGAAAAACAUUGCGAAUUUUCCUCAUUACGUCGUGCAAAAUAUUCAACAAUGGUUUCAUUAAUUGAAUUACAUUCAUCAACAGCCGAUAAAAUAUCUUAUACAUGUAAUUCAUGUCGACAAUUAUGUGAUAUUCGAUAUCAUUGUACAAUAUGUGAAGAUUAUUGA